AUGGGUCGAUUCUUGGAUCUUGCUCUUCUCCUCUUUGGUUUCCAGGCUGCAGGCAUCUUCGCCCAGGCCGACCCGGAAGAAGUCGAAAACUCCUCGACGAGCCCUUCUCUCGCUGUCUCCGUCGAAGCAUCUUUCCCUGAUGCAGAGAUCUUUGGAAUCAAGCUCGUCAAUGGUAAACCAACCGAGUCAACCCUUUCUUUCAUGAACGAAGAGCCGGACCCAAUUACUGUCCAAUUUGUUGGUGGCAGUUUGUGGACGUUCGAGGGUGCGACUCCUCGUAUCGUCCGAAACCUGACCUCGGCUCGAUAUGCGGUCGAGAUUCCUCCUGGCGAGAAGCAAAGCCUGCCCUACCGCUUCCAGACAAACAUGCAUCCUCAGGACCUGAGACUCAACCUGGCGGCCGUGGUCAGUUCGCAGUCUACCUUCUACACCUUACAGGCCUUCAACGGCACUGUCUCUAUUGUCGAACCAGAUGCUAGCAUCUUUGAUCCUCAAAUCCUCUUCCUGUACUUCUUCCUCCUCGCCUGCGCUGUCGGUGUCGGUUACUUCUUCUAUACUAUCUGGAUUGUGCCGUACUUUCCGCACAAACGCAGAAGUGGUGGCGGCAAGAAGUUUACCCCAAAGAAAACUGAUUCUGGAUCUGUUACAUCAGACAACGAGGGCGCGGGCGUUUCAACCGGCUCCACGACAUACAAAGAGGAAUGGAUCCCAAGCCACCAUAUCCAGCGUCCUGAGGCUCGUAGGGUAAAGAGUGGCGGAAGACCCAAAGGCCGUGGCAAGCCCGAGUAA